ACAGCGUCGAAGGAACUUUGAAAAUUGUAUUGCUGGGAAUGUCUGUUAUUUACAACCGACCGAUAUGGUGUUUGGAGCCACGCUAGGUUUGCAGACCUGAAUUGUCUAACCAGGGCCGCAACGAGACACCCAAGCACAGCAGGACACUUGCAAGCAAUGGUGCUAUUGAAAAUGUUCGGAGACACCCGAGUGGAUCUACAACUCAACGAACAAAUGCAAAGGGAAACGGAGCUCCACAACGAAAGAGUCAAGAAAAAUAGCGAAAAACUGAAAAGACUGAUGAAUUGUGUCAUCUUUCUGGUUAAACAAGCUCUCAUUUAGGGGACACGAUGCAAGCAAGGAGUCCACAAAUAGGGUUAUGGUGGACGAAACUACAGAUGUGAGUACUACAGCCCAGCUGGCACUGGCGCUCCGUUAUGUGUCAGACACUGGUGUCAAGGAGAGGUUUGUCAGAUUUGACAACGAUACUAGUGGCAAGCGGGCUGAUGACUUUGCUGGUCUCAUUAUCCGAUUCCUAGAGGAACACGAAUGCCUGGAUAAAGUUGUGGCACAGUGCUUUGAUGGCGCUGCCGUCAUGGCAUCUGGACUAAAUGGGGUGCAGGCUAAAGUUAAGGUGAGGGCUCCUAUGGCUUUAUUUAUACAUUGCUAUGCACAUCGACUUAAUUUAGUACUGACUCAAGGGGCAUCAAAGCUUAAAGAAUGUAGGAUCUUUUUUGCACAUCUCAAUGGCCUAGCUGCAUUUUUUUCCAGAUCCCUUAAGUGCACGCAGCUGCUUGAUGAUAUCUGCCAGCGUCAUCUUCCUCGUGUGGCACCAACAAGGUGGCAGUAUAGUUCUAGAUUGGUCAGCACAGUCAUUGAGAAGAGAGUUGCCCUAAAGGAGCUAUUUGAGCACAUAUUAGAACACCAUGAUGAGUAUGACGAGGAUUUUGUGCACUAUGCUAAUGGAUACAAUGCACAUCUAGAUGAUUUUGAGUUUUGUUUUUUGCUUUCCACUUUUCAUGUGAUUUUUGAGUAUUCGGAUGUGCUUUUUGGAAUACUGCAGAACAAAACAUUCGAUGUACAAUUCUGUCUGGCAAGAAUGGAUGAGUUUUGUGACACCAUUGAGAGGGAGAGAGGGCAAUUUGGUGAGAUUUAUGAAUCUGCUGUGCGCGAAACAGGUGCGCCAAGCACACGGAGAGGCCAAGCGCAGGGGAAUGUUUGUGCAAGGUACCAGAAACUCCACAGCGGCAUUUUGGACAACAUCCUUGCCCAGAAACGGAAUUGGUUUAAAGACCACGAGAAAGUCAUGUUUCUCUCCCUCCUCGACCCUCAGCAGUUUCAGACAUACCGGAAAAAAUUCCCAGAUGUGGCCUUCUCCAGCUUAACGCAGGGCCACGGAACUCUCUUCAUCCUGCCCCGGCUUAAAACAGAACUGACUGUAAUGUAUGCCAUGACUGAUUUUGAAGGAAAAAGCCCUGCGGACCUCCUCGCUUUCUUUCAGCAGAAAGAUCUAUAUGGGAGCAUGCGUCAACUUUACGCAUUGGUAUGUUUGGCGGUGACCAUCCCAGUAUCUACUGCCUCUGUUGAGCGGACAUUUUCAGCCCUAAAACGUAUUCAAGAAAUAAGAUUGGACAGGCUGAACUGUCAGCACUGGCCUCCAUGGCAAUCGAGAAGGACCUUUUAUCGGAACUGAAACACACCGAUGUACUGUACAACCGUGUCAUUGAAAUCUUUAUAAAUAAAGGAGGAUGGAUUUGUCUUCAGAUGAUGAGCAGUUUUGAUCUGCUGAAGCUGAAAGAGGAGAGUCAAGACCUGAAUGAAGUGGAGGAGAAACAUCGGAAUCAGAAACCUGAUCAUUUCAAAUCAGAAGAACAAAGUUUUAAUUGCUCACAUUCUGGGAAAGAAUUUCUUACAAAGAACUCAAAGAACAAGAGACCAAAAUUCUCUCACAUGUCCACAGUGUGGAAAGAGUUUCUUACAUAAAGGAAACCUUAAUACUCACAUAAGAAUUCACACUGGAGAGAAGCCUUACACAUGCUCUCAGUGUGAAAAGAGUUUCAAUCAAAUAGGACACCUUAAGAAACACAUAAGAACUCACAACGAAGAGAAGCCUUUCACAUGCCAUCAGUGUGGAAAGGGUUUCAGUCAAAAAGGAAACCUUCAGAAACACACAAGAAUUCACUCUGGAGAGAGACCUUUCACAUGUCGUCAGUGUGGGAAGAGUUUUACAGAGAAGGGGAACCUUAAAAGACAUACAGGAAUUCACACUGCAGAGAGAAGUUUUGUAUGCCAUCAGUGUGGGAAGAGUUUUACAGACAGAGGGAACCUUAAAAAUCACAUAAGAAUUCACACUGGAGAGAAGCCUUUCACAUGUCAUCAGUGUGGGAAGAGUUACAAAGCUCGAAGAGACCUAAAACUUCAUAUGAAAAUUCAUUCUGGAGAGAAAUGACGUGUUCCGAGUGUGGCAAGAGGUUUGCAGAGACAAGCAAUUUCAAAAAUCAUCUGUGCAUUCACUCUGGAGAAAGACCAUUUAAUUGUUAGAUUAUGGUUGAAUUGAGUACCUUAAAGGUGAAGUAUGUAAUUUCUGCGGCACCAAAUGGAAUCACAAAAAAAAUGUAGGUUUUCAAGGAACUUUUACCUACAGUGUGGCAGAUGAAUUGGCUCUGAUUACAUCAGGUGUUUGGAUGUGUUGGAUACACUGGAAAAAAAAUCCUGUUAGAUUUACUGUGAAGUACUGUAAAGAUUUGAAAAAAAAAAUUUAAGCAAACACUAUUUCUGAUGUAUGUGAAAUUGACAUUUCUCUGUGAAAUCAACAUUCCUCUAUUUUACAUUGAGAUCUCUCUGCCAUAUCGUCUGAAACGGUAUCUUUCCUCUCUCUGUGGUUGCGUAGUUUGCAUAACUCAAUAUUAGAAACUAGAUAAGUAGAGAACCGCCAAGCAAGAAUCCCUCAAGGCCCUGGGCUGGACGCACCCUAAGCAAACAUAGCACUAUAUUGGGCUCUGCUGAUACAGGAAGUUCAGUUCCUCUUCUACAUUCUGUCUGUGAAGCUCAAUAAAGAUCAAGACUGUUGCA